AGCCUUGAAUCGGAGCACAAUUUAAAGGUGUUUCAUGAAGUUUCAAAUGAACUCAGGCAUGAAUAUGGGGGUGAUGAUAAAUGUCCAUGGACUCUGUUGAAUUUAAAAGGUAUUUGUGUGUUCUCUAACUGAUUAUCACUAUUUUUAUUUAUUUAUUCAUGUUUACCACUCUAUGGUGGAUGGAAGGCUUUUACAGUACAUGUUUUACUUACAACCCAAUUACAAAGGUUCCCGAGGCUUAGUCCGAAACGCAUACAGUAAGUUAGCUCUUAGUGAGGGAGGAAACCCAGAGUACCUUAAGAAAACCCUUAAAACACAGGAGAGAACCAGCCAAACUCUACUUACUGGUACAUGAGUUGAUAAAGCCCAAUGAUCAAAGCAUCCAGAGGUAGCCACAUUUCCAUGCUCACUUGUUCCUGAAGACCUGUUACGUAGCAGGCUUAACUUAGUGGUAAGAGACAGUACCUUAGCACGCUCAGCCACCUGUGCUUCCCCAUAGGGCCUAAAAAAUACCUGUGGUUCCCGACCGACCCUAUUUUUUUCUACCGACCCUAAUAUUUUUUCAAUGCGAUUGACUGUGUGACCCUAUUUUCUCCGGGUGGUUGCAGGCUUCUCAUACAGCAUGCCAAAAUUUGUCCAUAAGAAAUAAGCAUAGAUCUGUAGUUAAUAUUAAUGUCGGGACUCUACUGCAAAUCGCCCAGCAAAAAAAAACACGCCAAAACCAUGAAAAAAUAUAUUUUAAAAAAUUAUUUCAGACCUACCGACCCUAAUUUUUUCACGUUAUGAAACCGGAACAGGAACCACAAGUAUUUAUAUAAUUUGUACUGCACUUGUAUUGUUGUAGCAUUUUGUUGCGCUGUGUGAAAAGGUGUGCACAACCGUGCCGUACUUGUACAGUACAUGUGUCGUUGAAUCCGUAUUUGUACGAAACGCUACAACACUAGCUACAAACCUUCAUUAUUAUAUAUAAAGGUGCAGACAUGUUUAUACAGCGGCACAAAACGCUACAACAUGACCACAGUCCAUAGUGUACCUCAUACUACAACACUAGCUACAAACCUUCAUUAUUAUAUAUAAAGGUGCAGAAAUGUUUAUACAGCGGCACAAAACGCUACAACAUGACCACAGUCCAUAGUGUACCUUAUACUUAACAAUUUAUAGACAACUAGGCUGAGUUGCCUAUGAGCGAAUAGGGCGAGGCGAAAAACUAUAUACUGUAGCAAAACUAAAGUUUUAUUCUGAUUUACAUCUAAAAUAAGAAACUGAUUUUUUGAACCGAAAAUUAUAUUUAAAUGCAUAGAUUUAAUAAACUUCUUAAAAAGUUUUUUUUCUCUAAAGGUGGCUUUUAAUACUUCAAAAUAGUCAUUUGCAUGAUUCACGCGUCCUUCGCUGCUAGUAGACUAUCAUCGUAAAAUAAUGACCGUAGACCGUAAAAUUAAAAUUCUACAUUUAGGGGCCUUUAAGACCUAUCUCAAGUCUCGCAAGGUCCAACUAAAAAGGACGCAAAAUGGAACAAAUGCUGUACAUUUGGCUAAAUGUAGAAGGCAAGCUAGAAAAAGAGAUGUGAGUACUAUAUCAGUUAAAUUCGUAGUCAUAGAAUUGAGGUGCUGUUACACUAUAUUCAACAUGUCUCGCAACGUACUUGCCUCUCAGUUUUGCUGCGACACAAAUUGCGUAGUGUAAAUGCGGAUUUCCAGUCUUUUCACGAAGCUCCUCGCAGUUUAGCAUUGUGAUUGGAUGAAAGUGCUUAUGCAUGCACUCGCAGCGAGGAGCUUCGCGCGAGGACUGGAAAUCCGCCUUAAGCCCCAUUUACAUGAGCAAAUUUUAUUUGACAAAUUUCAUAUGUCAAAGACAUUUUGCUCGUGUGGAUGAUGCAUUUGUGACAAAUUUAUUGUGACAAAUCCAUUUGAACAAAAGCUAGCAUGCUAGCUUUCGAUCAAAUGCAUUUGUCAUAUGAAAUUUGUCAAAUACAAUUUGCUCGUGUAAACGGGGCUUAAACAUGCCUCGCAACUUGUCUCGCAAUGGUUUUGUUGUUCAGCCAAUAAAAAUUCGCUAUUUGCCUUCAUCGCUGAUUGCAAGACAGACAAGUUACACAGUGUAACAUCCCUGAUCCUAUAUAUAUAUAUAUAUAUAUAUAUAUAUAUAUAUAUAUAUAUAUAUAUAUAUAUAUAUAUAUAUAUAUAUAUAUAUAUAUAUAUAUAUAUAUAUAUAUAUAUAUAUAUAUAUAUAUAUAUAUAUAUAUAUAUAUAUAUAUAUCGUCAAAUGAAAAUUGUCGGUCGAAAUCACAUUCUUCCACCGUUGGGAAUUGAAAAUACCUGAAUUAUGCAAAGUUAGUCAAUCCAAAAGCAUCGCGAGCCUGCUGCAAGCUAUUUGUUUCAUAAAACGUUUUGAUUACGAGUGCCGAGUUCUCUUUUCAGGGGUUACUUGAACCAUGUACAGGGUGUCCCCCAAAAAAGUGACACUAUAGAAAUUAUCCUAUUGUUAUAAUUUGAAUGCCCUAGCACUAAGUUGAUCCCACAGGUGCAUAAACUUCUGCUUCUGGAAUUUAAAAUAAAAAAGCAAACCGUUUAUUAAUGUAAACGUUUUAAAAUGCUUAAAUGUAAAUACAAGUUCAUUAAAUUCCCAGCCGUGUAAUCACGCGCGUUUAAGAGCGGCUUAAGAACAAUGAGAUAAUUUCUAUAGUGUCACUUUUUUUUGGGACACCCUUAUUGAGUAAUUGUCUUAUACUGUAUAUUGAGUUAUUGUGUCACUUAUAAGACAAAGAUUGACAUGUUGAGCUCAUUUUAGAUAAUUUAACAUUCAAUUAUAUUCCCUCUUGGAGAUUGUCUAUGUUUCGUUUCCCAUGCAAUUCCCAUCGGUGGGAGAAUGUGUUUCGACCGGCAAUUUGUAUUUGACGAGUAUGUGGCCAUUUCUCAUCGUUACGAUUUAAAAAGAGUAUCAUUGAAAAGCUAAAUAACUGUCUUCCUGCGUAAAAAUAGAAUUGUUUAGCCACGUUUAUGAUGCACGAUGGCCUUUUGAAUUUCCAUAGCGUUUUUUUAGACACCCUGUACAAAGUAUACUGUAGAUUAUGACGAUUUGCUUGGGAUUGUUCCCAGGAUUGCUCGGACGUUGUUUGUGUCAUCAUAACAAAAAUUGUUCCGCAAACUUUUAACUACACGUAUAUUGUUUUAUACGCAGGGAUUAAAAGAUACUGUAUGCUUAUAUGUACGAUUACAGUAGAGAAGAUAGGCAGUGCUAAUAAACACUAGGGAGAUGCGGGGCAUCAUGAAGCGAACCUGAGCGUAUAGCAAGUCAAUGUGGGCUGAAGUGUAAGAAAAGCAAUUUAAGAUUGCAACUUAAAUGCACACUUAUUAUGGCUCGGUUCCUUCACUGUAAAAACGGUAUGGUUAAGACAACAAAUUUUAAUGGAUAUCUCAGAUUCAUUUUCUGUUUAUAAUCAAUAUUAUUUUGUAAAAACAUCGGGGGGAAGUUGUUAAAAUAACCAUAAUUGUUCGACUGGUAAAAUGAUAAAUCUGACAACCAAAUUAUUUGGUUACUGUACAAUAUAUCUCAACGAAUUCGAUUUUGCAGUGUGGUAAGGUUUAAGCCGUUUACUGACGGUUAUAAUCGCCACUGCACGUUUACGUGCAGUUGUAUCAUUAUUAAUAAUAAAUCUUAAUAUUAUUAAUCCGGAGGGAUGUUAAUAAUGGUUUGAUUGUUAAUACUGGAGGGGUUGUUUCCUGUUAUCCACAAGUUCACUGUAAUGUGUAGGUUGAUUUCCAAAAGUUUAUUUUUUAUAUAUUUGUUAAUUUAAUAAUUUGCAGAAAUUGGGAAAACGCCUAGGAAGUCUGACCAAUAAGGAGUGGAGCGUGGAAAAAAAGGCGAAAGUUGCGGAGGUGAUGACUGUGGACUACAUGUCCAGUGAGGACAGUGAUCACGAUCCUGAGCCUCCUAACAGAGUUACGCGAUACAUUGUGAGGCCCCUUUGUUGGCAAAGCAAUAAAUUAAAACAAGUAAAGAAAAGACUAGACAAGAAGCACAGCGAAAGCGUCCCUGAGCUGAUAAGAAAGAGGACGCUGCCAAGGAAUAUUGGGGUUCCUUCAGCAAGGGGGAAGCCAGAUAACUGCCCGGAAUGGGCGUGCACGUCCACACAGUUAUCGCUAAAUUGUAGUCCUUCGGCUUCGCCAAGUCCUUUGUCAGCUCGGCAGACAAGUACGCCAUUGAGCGCCAGGUCGAGUAGCUCGUCAUCUCCUGAGGGAGGUUAUUCUCCAUCCAGCGUGUGAGAGAGAAACUAAAAACACUGGGAACUGAACACUAUUGUAGGUUUUACAGUAUUUCAAACGCGAUUAUCGCCGUACAAUGAACUCACAUGCAUGCAGUUGAGCUCUACUACGCAUGCAUACCGUAUGCUUCAGAAUAGACAUGUGCAUAACGUGUAUUCAUGCACUGCAGUGUGUGGGUUCUGCUAUAUACAGUGUGUCCCCCCAAAAGUACCAUCUAUAGAAAGUAUCCUAUUGUUAUAAGGGUACUUUUUUGACACACUGUACAUCAUGUUAAAAC